AUGCGAGUCCGCCUCCCCAACUUUGCGCGGGAAGCAGAAGCCCACCUCUCCCCAGCGGAGAAGAGGCAACUUCUUCCUCAGCCAGCUCCCGCCCCAGCUCCAGCGCCGGCUCCGGCGCCGAUCCUCCCACUCCCUCAACCAGGCGAGAAGGAUCCACUUCCGACAACGACGCCAAUACGCCAGACUGUUACUCGGUUGACGACGGAACGGUCCACCGCGACUGCACUUCCCUCGAGUACGACCUCUUCCUCUACCAGCUCAUCAGCCCGUGCUACGAGUACAACUCUGAGCUCGUCGUCGUCUUCUUCCUCCCGCUCGACACUCAGCUCGAGCUCCGGCACACCCGCUGCUUCUUUGAGCUCAUUGCCUCCACCACUCCCGGCAGAUACCUCGCUCAUCUUUGUGAACACCUUCCCUACCGACUUCCCACUCGAAUCACAUUCAGCAGGAGAGCUCGCCGGGUCAGGUGGGAGGGGGUACGCUAUACUACAAGGGAACGAAGCGGCAGAUAGUAUGCUCCUCUUUCUUACCUUUUUCCUCGCCACCCUAGCUCUCACAUUCAUAUUCCUCAAAAUCGUCCGAGCGCUGGAAGAUCGGAAAGCCGCCAGAGGGCUGGGAAGGCGAAAAGAGGAUCAGAUGGUCAGUGACGAGAUGAGAUGGCAGGAGGGGCGGCUGGUUACUGAGCGGAAGAUUGUGAGGGAGGGAUAUGGAGCAGGGAGGGGGUAUAUGGAUGUACCGCCCGGAAGAGGUGGGAUGGGCGUAGGUGCCGGUGUAGGGUUAGGGGUAGGAGCAGGGGUGGGGGUAGGGAAGAGCAAGCUGAGAAGAGAGAUGUGA